UCGAAUUCGAGCCCUCUUGUCCCGUCACACCGAACACCUCUCUUUCUCUUUGUGUUUCACAAUUUUAAAAACCAAACGCCAAUUCAAUACACAAAAUUUCACAGCAGCUCAGCCAAAGUAAACAAGUUCCAUGAUUUAAUUCUUCUCGAAUCUCGAGGCAUUUGCCGCACUCUUCACGUAAUCAGUCGAACCUCCAUCAACCAGGGUUCUUGAUGUAUCUGAAUUGGUGGGUUUGGGUGUGGAGUCGAAUUUGAUUCGGUUCUGUUAAUUUAAUAAAGAUGGCGUGGUUUAGUGGGAGAGUUUCUUUGGGGAACUUCCCUGAUCUCGCUGGAGCAGUGAAUAAGCUCCAAGAGAGCGUUAAGAAUAUUGAAAAGAAUUUCGAUACCGCUCUUGGGUUCGAAGAAAAAGAUAAAGAGAAAGCCGAGUCCAGCAAUGAAGGUUCAGGAUUAUGGACUUCAUCCACGGACAGGAAAGCACUAUUUGAUCCUGUUAUGGCCUUCAUGGGGCAUAAAAAUGAGGAAAGCAAUGUUGAGUCGUCACAAACUCCUGAGUCUUUAGAGCAAUCACCUGAAACCGAGAAAUCAUCAGGAAAGCAUGAAUCUCCACAGCAUCCGUCUAAAAUUGAAGAUAAAGAGGGAAAUGAACAGGUUGUUGCUGAAGAGGAAAAUGAAGGAGUUUCAGUAGAGAAAAUUGAUAAACUUCCUGAGACGGCAGAGGCAACUGAUGCUUUGACAUCAGACCCUGACAAAGCUGAAUCUGUGUCACCUCUGGUACCGGUUGAGCUGCCAUCUGAAUCCCCCAUUAAGAAUUUGGAGUCAUCAGAUUCCAUUGAUAAUCUGGAAAAGAGAGAUAUUUCAGAAGUGGAACGGUUGAGUAACUUAGAACCAGUGCAAGUCGAGUCGAAAGAUGUCGAAGUAGAUCAAGUUGAGGGUCCUAUUGUUGUGCCUGAUGAUUCGCAUAAUGAUAGUGUGCAUGAGACCAUAUAUGAACAGAAGACACAGGUGGAGAGCACUGAUGAAGAGAAGACACAAGCUGACGAGACUCUAGAGAGAGCAUCUCCAGUUCAAGCUGAGACAUCUACAUAUAGAAAUACUGCAGAGACAACUGAGGCUGCUGAUUUACAUUCUAUUGCUACUGAGGAGGUUGAUGGUGUAGGUGAAUAUUCUAAAAGUCAUUUGGAGGAUGAUAGCACUGGUGAAUCUUCUAAAACUCAGACACCCAGUGCACUACCUUUGGAUGAGGCCUCAGAUAAGGUUUCUGAGACAGUUGCUGAUGAAAAUGAUGAAAUUGUUAAAGCAAUUGAAGUGGACCCUUAUGUCCAUGAUGAUGAAACUGACAUUAAAGAGCAAGGUCUUAGCUCUGGAACAAAUGCUUCUGACACCUCAGAUUCUAUUCGUGAGCUGGAGAAGGUGAAGAAGGAAAUGAAAAUGAUGGAAAGCGCAUUGCUAGGUGCUGCAAGACAAGCUCAGGCAAAAGCUGAUGAAAUUGCCAAGUUAAUGAAUGAAAAUGAGCAAUUAAAAGCUGUGAUUGAAGAUCUGAAGCGAAAAUCAAGUGAGGCUGAAAUGGAGACUUUGAGGGAGGAAUACCAUCAGAGAGUUGCAACUCUUGAACGGAAGGUUUAUGCUCUUACUAAGGAAAGGGAUACACUUCGGAGGGAGCAGAACAAGAAAAGUGAUGCGGCUGCUCUUCUGAAAGAAAAGGAUGAGAUUAUUACCCAGGUUAUGGCUGAAGGUGAAGAGCUUUCUAAAAAGCAGGCUGCUCAAGAGACUACUAUUAGGAAGUUAAGGGCUCAGAUUAGGGAGCUUGAAGAAGAAAAGAAGGGAUUAGUUACGAAGCUUCAGGUAGAAGAGAAUAAAGUAGAGAGUAUCAAGAAGGACAAGACAGCUACAGAGAAGUUGCUUCAGGAAACAAUAGAAAAACACCAAUCUGAACUUGCAGUACAAAAAGAAUAUUAUACCAAUGCUUUGAAUGCUGCCAAGGAGGCUGAAGCUUUAGCAGAGGCUCGUGCCAACGAUGAGGCCAGAUCUGAACUAGAGAGCCGUCUAAGAGAAGCUGAGGAACGUGAAUCUAUGGUAGUGAAGGAACUUGAAGUAUUAAGGCAAACUCUAAGUAGAACAGAGCAGCAGGCUGUAUUUAAGGAAGACAUGUUUCGUCGGGACAUUGAGGACCUUCAGAGACGUUACCAAGCAAGUGAGCGUCGAUGUGAGGAGCUGAUUACACAGGUUCCUGAAUCUACGAGGCCUCUUCUGAGGCAGAUUGAAGCAAUGCAGGAAACAACUGCAAGAAGGGCAGAAGCUUGGGCUGCUGUAGAGAGAUCCCUUAAUUCUAGGCUGCAGGAAGCAGAGACCAAAGCUGCUGCUGCUGAGGAAAGAGAGCGAUCUGUGAACGAGCGCUUAUCACAAACCUUAUCUCGAAUUAAUGUUCUUGAGGCCCAGAUUUCUUGUCUUAGAGCCGAACAGACACAGUUAAGUAAGUCUCUUGAAAAGGAGAGACAAAGAGCAGCUGAAAAUAGGCAAGAGUACCUUGUAGCAAAGGAGGAGGCUGACACUCAGGAAGGUCGUGCAAACCAACUUGAAGAAGAAAUUAGGGAACUCAGGCGAAAACACAAGCAAGAGUUGCAAGAUGCGCUGCUGCAUAGGGAACUGCUACAACAGGAGAUAGAAAGGGAGAAAGCCGCUCGGUUGGAUGUGGAAAGGUCAUCUCGUGUCCAUUCUUCUGUUGUAUCUGAUCAAACUCCAACAACAAGAAAGAAUUCUGCUUUUGAAAAUGGAAACUUGAGCCGGAAACUUUCAAGUGCUAGCAGCCUUGGGAGCAUGGAGGAAAGUUAUUUUCUGCAAGCAUCUCUGGACUCAUCGGACACUUUAUCUGAGCGGAGAAAUGCUGGAGAGGCAACAAUGAGUCCAUACUAUCUGAAGAGCAUGACAUCUAGUACUUUUGAAUCUGCCCUUCGUCAGAAGGAGGGUGAACUUGCAUCUUACAUGUCUCGUCUGGAAUCAAUGGAAUCUAUCCGUGAUUCUCUUGCUGAAGAGUUGGUCAAAAUGACUGAACAGUGUGAAAAGUUAAGAACAGAGGCUGCUGUAUUGCCUGGCAUACGGGCAGAGCUAGAAGCACUGAGGAGGAGACACUCUGCUGCACUGGAGUUAAUGGGUGAACGUGAUGAGGAGCUGGAGGAACUCCGUGCUGAUAUUGUAGAUUUGAAGGAGAUGUACAGGGAGCAAGUAAACUUGCUCGUGAACAAGAUCCAGAUGAUGAGUUCAUCAAAUUGAAAACUCAUAAUAAAUCAACCCGAAAUUACGAAGUUGUCCAGGAAUUUAUCAUUUUUGUGGUAUAGUAAAUGGUAUACUCGAGUGACACAAUUGGUUGCUUGACUAUUUUGCCUCGAUUCUCCUCAUUAGAAGUUUUGUUUUUCGGUUCAAAUGUUCAAGCAGUCGAUAGUGAGUGCAUGCCCUUGAUUUAUAUGUAAUUACGGGUACUUGCUUGUAUAGCACAAAAUCUUGCUGUCACAAUUUUCAAGCUUGAAAAGGCUUCAGAUUUUCUGAUUGAUUUGUUUGUAAUGAAAGACCAUUUAUACAUUUUGCUA